AUGGCCCGGGGACAGCGCCACCAUGGCCUGGGGACAGCGCGGGGGCACGGGCUGGGACCGGGGAUUGGCUGCGGGGAGCGCUGUAAUGGGAUCGGGAGUUUCGGCGCCGAGAGCAAGUUUUUCCUCCCCAAACUCAGCAGCUUCUCCUGCCCUGCUGGGAACUCCUCCUGCUCCCUCAGCUACACCCCAGAAAUUCCUGAAAGAUUCCCAGGAGCCAACGGGCAGUGGAGGAGCUCCAAGCCCAGGGGGAGCCGAGGCUCCUUCCUGGAGACCCGUAAAAAUUCCAGGAUUUACAACAAACCUGCGGUGUUUUUCCCUCCUUCCAGCGGGAACCCCAGCACUUUUGGGGGAAAAUCCGCCCUCCAUGGAGCCUCCUUCCCCCUGAAGCCGGCCCCGAGCCCCUCCUGGAGCCGCCGCAGCCCCAAGAAGGCCCCGCGGCGCUUCCUGAGCGCGGCCGAGGAGACGGUGCGGGAGGAGGAGCGGGAGAUUUACCGGCAGCUGCUGCAGAUGGUGACUGGGAAGAGGUUCUCCAGCUGCAAACCCUCCCCGUUGCUCCCCUUCCACCUCUCCCGCUGUCCCCGUUCUGGCCCCUCCCUGCCCCAGGAGGCUCCCAGGGAUGAUCCCGAGACACUGGAAAUUCACAAAGUUCCGGCUCCUGUUCCACAUUCCCCGGAGCCACCCCAGAAUUCCCAAAAUCCCCCCCUGGGCCCCUCUCCAGCGUUUCCUGGGGAGUUCCAGCCCCGGAAUUCUGCGACUCCACACCAGCGGGAGGAAGAGCCAGGAGCUGAGGCACAGAGUGAAGGGUCAGAUUCUGUCAUUUUGCUCAAGGUCAAGGAUUCCAGAACUCCAGCUCCAAGCCUCCCCUUUUUCCAGGCUGAGCUAUGGAUCAAAGAGCUGACCAGUGUCUAUGAUUCCCGAGCCAGAGAGAGGUGGAGGCAAAUAGAGGAGCAGAAAGCUCUGGCCCUGCAGCUCCAGAGCCAGCGGCUGCAGGAGCAGGAGCGCUCGGUGCAGGACCUGGUGGAUCUGCACCUGCGCGUGCCCCUGGAGAAGGAGAUCCCGGUGGCCGUGGGGCCCGAGGGGCUGGAGCGCGCCCGGCCCGGCCAGGGCGACGACGACUUCCCCGAGAUCACCGAGGAAAUGGAGAAGGAAAUCAAGAGCCUUUUCCGAGGAGGGAACCAGGACGAGGUGCUGAGCGAGGCUUUCCGCCUGACCAUCACCAGGAAGGACAUCCAGACCCUCAACAACCUCAACUGGCUCAACGACGAGAUUAUAAAUUUCUACAUGAAUUUGCUGAUGGAAAGGAGCAAGGACAAGGAUUUGCCUGCAGUCCACGCCUUCAACACCUUUUUCUUCACCAAAUUAAAGACUGCAGGGUACCAAGCUGUGAAAAGAUGGACAAAAAAAGUGGAUAUUUUCUCUGUGGAUCUGCUCCUGGUGCCCAUCCACCUGGGAGUGCACUGGUGCCUGGCUGUCGUGGAUUUCAGGAAAAAAACCAUCACCUACUACGAUUCCAUGGGAGGGAUCAACAGUGAGGCCUGCAGGAUCCUGCUGCAGUACCUGAAACAGGAAAGUUUGGAUAAGAAAAGGAAAGAAUUUGACACCAACGGAUGGGCCCUGCUGAGCAAGAAGAGUCAGGAGAUCCCGCAGCAGAUGAACGGCAGCGACUGCGGGAUGUUCGCCUGCCGCUACGCCGAGUGCAUCUCCAAGGACAAACCCAUCAACUUCACUCAGCAACACAUGCCCUACUUCAGGAAGAGGAUGGCCUGGGAAAUCUUGCACAGGAAGCUCCUCUGAUGCCAGAAAAAUCCUGAAAUUCCAAAGAUUUGGAUCAGAAGAAUCCCAGGAUUCUCCUGGGGACGCAGCCAAGGAACUCCGGGUCCUGCUCCUCCCAAAACCCCCCCCGGAUUCGGGGGGAAUAGAAAAGUUUGGAAGCACA